UGCGCAGGACCAGAUGUAAGAAAACUCUGUGGAUUCUCAGUAUUCAACUUGUCUUCUUUUAGACAUCAUGUGAAAAGGGGAUUAUCCUUUCCCUUUCUUUUAUUUCUUUUCAAUUCACAACAUAUUUUAAAAAAACAUUACAUUAAUAAUUCGAACACAACGUGAAAACGACAACCAAUGAGAAGAUGAUAAAAGAAUUGCCUAGAGAUAAGCAAGCACAUACAUCUUGCUUGAGAUCUUUCCUCAGUGACAAUACCUCGAUUCAACUUAAAUAUCUCCAAUGAAAUGGUUGCUGACACCCCUUUUGCUCACUCUCUUGCUUGCUUCUUCUGGAGCUCAAGAAAGUAGCAGCAGAAGAAGAAGAGGACCCUCUGCUCUUAGCUCCAAUGUUCCUGCUAUUUACAACUUUGGUGACUCCAAUUCUGAUACAGGGGGCCUCUCUGCUGUGUUUCCUCCCACUGUGCCUCCGAAUGGCGAGACGUUCUUUCAUAAUCCCUCCGGGAGAGCCUGCGAUGGCCGCCUCAUUAUUGAUUUUAUUGCUGAGCAUCUGGGAAUGCCGUAUCUGAGUGCGUAUUUGAAUUCCAUUAAGCCUAAUUUUGAGCACGGUGCUAAUUUUGCGACGAGAGGGGCAACCAUUAGGCAACAGAAUGAGGGAUGGUUCCAAAAUUAUGUUAGUCCAUUCUCUCUUGAUAUUCAGCUUACACAAUUUGAUGAGUUCAAGGCACAGACAUCCUUUUUAUAUAAGCAAGCCACAGAACAGACAGGGCGAGAUGGCCUCCCCAAACCAGAGGAAUUUUCCAAGGCUCUUUACAUGUUUGAUAUUGGACAAAAUGAUCUUGAUGCUGGUUUUAGAAAAAUGAGUCAUCCACAAAUUUUAGCAGACAUUCCGAACAUUAUCACACUUUUCGCUAAUGCUGUUCAGCAUUUGUAUGGAUCCGGGGCAAGAGCGUUUUGGAUACACAACACAGGCCCCAUUGGUUGCUUGCCUAUGAAGACAGUCGAUACAGAGCCAAAUUUAAAACCCGCCCUUUUGGACGAACAUGGAUGCAUCAAAAAUCAGAAUGAUAUAGCGAAAGAGUUCAACAAGCAGCUUAAAGACAGAGUUAUUAAGCUAAGGGCAGAGCUCCCACAAGCAGCAUUGACAUAUGUGGAUAUUUACACUGCGAAAUAUAAACUGAUCAGCAAUGCAAGACAUCUAGGAUUUGAAGAUGCUUCAAACAUCUGUUGUGGGUUCAGGGGAAAUGGUACCAAAAUCUGGUGCGGGUAUAGUGGGAAUGUAAAUGGUAGGGAAAUGCAUGCCGGUUCUUGCCCAAACCCUUCCAAAGUAAUUAGCUGGGACAGUGUACACUACACUGAAUCUGCAAAUCACUGGAUUGCAAGUCUCAUAAUGAAUGGUUCACUAUCAGAUCCUCCCAUUUCAAUUGCUCAAGCAUUUCAAUAACACAGGUCAAUCAAACAACGAGUUUGUACAUUAUUAUCUCAAUAUUCGAUGUUGUAAUGUUUGAUC